AAAUCUAAUUUUACAAAAUAAAUGAUUAUUAUAAUUUAUUAACGUUAACUUUUUAAAAUACAUGGUGCUUUUUCCCUGCCAUCUUUACACAAAAAUAUGCGAUCAAUGUAAUAAAUGUCAUGAUGAAGAAAUCUUCAGCUGAGUUAAAUUAGUAAAUUCAAUUUCUACAAGAAGUCAGCAGAUGUUAACGAUUCUUUAAAUGAAAUGUCAUUACAUCAUUGUUUGUGUUUAGGUUAGUUCAUUUUUAAUAAAACAUAUCUGGGGUAUUAAAUUAUGUAUUAUAGUAGAAAGUGUAGAUUAUAAUUUUGAUAGGUAGAAGGUACUCUAGUCACACUUUUGAUAUCAGCCUAUAACAACCUGUUCCUUUCUGUGAUAAAUUAAGUAUUAAGUGUACCGUCAUUUUAAGUGAAAAAUCAACCAGUGUUUCCGUGAAGGUUAAAACAGGUAAAACAUAACAUAUGUAUACAUUCAUCAGUCUGUGAAGGUAGUGAUAGAUUCGCGUUGGCAAUAUGUUUAGGGAACCAUAAAAAAUUAUCGUAAGCGAGAUAUAGUACAGAAAAUCGAAAAUUUCUAAAAUGGAGAGUACUACUGGUGUCGACAGUACCCCGCAGUGGAAAAAAGAUUUAAUUGCCAGACUGAGAACUCAAAAUAAAACAUCGUUUGGCAACGGCAGCAAAGAUCAUCACUCUACCCCCCAUCACUCUUCGGCUCAUCGAACGGUACAUCAACCUAUCCUAACCUCCAAGAGUGAAUCAGUAGCGUCUGAUAUUUCGCCGCGGUCGAGUGGUACUGAUGCAUCGGAACAACCGUGUAAUGUGAGUCCGAAAAUGGUUCAAGAACGAGUUUGGGUCGACAACAAGCCCGACCAUUUCGCCGAAAUGGUUGCUAAUAAUGGGUAUCACAAGGAGAGCGACUCUGAUUCGUCGGAAGAGUUGCAUUACGGCCCCGGUAUAGUGAAAAAACUUAAAAAUAAAUACCUUAGUUUAGCCCUUCGGGAAAGCAACCAUCGCCCUUCAAUCUUGAGAAAAGCCACAUCUUUAGAAAACCUCCUGGAUGAUGAUGAACCGGAAACCAAACAUUCCUCAGAUAAGUAUGAAUCACGAUUUAAUGGUGUUAGUGCCACUAGAAAUGUACCCAAUCGUUAUAGAAAUUCCAACCGGCACCAUGAGAUGAAAAGGGCCAGGUCUGUAGAAACUAUUUCACGUUUAGACAGUCAAACUAACAAUGUGGUUUCAAAUCGACAAUCUUUACAUGAAGAAACGCUUAUCGCGGUUCAAAAGGAAGGAAGUGACUAUCCUUACAGGAAAAUACCAGAUAAUACUGAUAUCAAAUCAGAAAAUAAAUUCAGUCAGAGAAUAAACAGACCUAAAAGAUUGCAACCUAUAAUGAGUGAAAAGGAAAAACCUCCGGUAGAUUUUGUGAAACAAGCAAAAAUGAUUUUUGAAAGAAGACCUGAACAACGUACUAGAGCGCCUCCGCAAACUGGUGAUGUAGCUGCUAAAGUUGAUAGUUUUAAUAAUAUAAUUGUGAAAGCAAAAGUAGAAGCAAAAGCAACAAGAAAACCUCAAGUGAAGGCUCCCAAGCCAGCACCUAAUGAAAAAAAAGUGAUUGCACCACGUUCUCCAACAAAAACUGUGACUAAAUCGGAAGAAAAACAGCAGUUGAAGCAUUUAGAGCUCAACAAAGUGCCCAAAACUGAUGUAUCAUUGCUCAGUCCAAUUCCAGAUAUAUCAAGAAUAAUUCCUGCUGAAACAGUACAAGGUAAACCAUCUUCAAAUUUAUCAGAAACUCCAGACCUAAUACUUACCUCUAGUCCGUUAUCUUCAAUACCUCCACCAUUAUUUAAAAAACCUGAAAAAUUAAACAAUGAAGAACAUCACAGUCCUAAGAGGGUUACAAGUCCAUUAGUAAGUCCCAGCAGAGUAAAACCAGCCAGUCCUUUAAUUAGUCCAAGUUACAGCUGGUCACCAAGCUCAAACAUGAGUCCUACACAAUUUAGACCUACUACAUUAACUUAUGAUGAUGAUUCCGAUUCACCUGGCUACAAAAAAGUAUCUCCUACAAGUAUUAAUAAUAUUUCUAAAGAUAGUGGUACAUCUGUUUACAAUUUUGUUCAUAAAGAAGUAACUCAAAAUCACCUUCCCCUCAACAAAAAUGUUUCUGAAACAAAAGUUCCACCUUCGGAGCCUCUCAGGAUUGAAGUGAAUGGUCACACAGACUCAAAAAUUGACACAGGAGCUAAACUUUUACAAACUCAGAGACCACGUUCUCCACCAAAGUUUACCCCUCCGCCCCCGCCAGUCAAUGUUGUCCCUGAGAAGAAAAUUGAGAAAAGUUUAACUGUAACCGAAAUUGAGAAAAAUUCGAUCAAUACUGCAAAGAACAAGUCUAGUGGUAGUGAUAAAGGGAGUGUUGAAGUUGUAAAUAAAAACGUAGUGCCAAAAAAACUGAGAGCCAAAGAACCAGUCUCAAAUACUGCCAUUUUUGAUUUCACAAAAAAGAACCGGGAUGUACCAGACUACAUAUCUAAUGAUAAAUCAAGGACUCCCAGCAGACCAGAAUUGCCCAAGCCUGGCGAAGGAGGUAUUAUAUUAAUACCCGGCGCCACUAUAUUGGAAUCCUUCACUGACGAAGACGAAGAAAUUCUUCGAUCCUUAGAAGGUCCACCGAGCCCCUGUGAUGUUACUUUUAUUAACGAUAAUAUCCUCAUUGAUGGAAAAUCUAGUCUUAGUCAGAAAACGAAAAAGGCGAAGUUAAAGUUAUCCUUUGUCGAGGAUGGACCUGAAGUUUACGAGUAUCCUUCCGAAACGUCGAUGAUGUUAGAUGACUCUCCAGUACUAUCUCCAGUACAACUCGGUCACACCGUUCCUAACCUUAGUGGAUCAUCGCUUGCCAAUUACACACCGAAAAGUACCGAAUCUUUCCAGCCUGGAAUAACGAGAAGCGUCCCGCAGAUGGCGCCCCCUUCUUCGAACAAAGUUGAAUCGACUGAAAUGGAGCAAAAUUUUGAACUGGACGAAAUCGAUAAGCCAUUCAGCUCCGGACAUACUGCGGAUAUACUAUUUUAACUUUAAUUUUAAAAUUAUACAGUGUUUGUUGUGAAGCCAAGAAAGACCACAUCAUUUUGAGAGCUAUUUUGAAUGUAAAGAGUGCUUUAAAAGCUUUAAUAUGUAAUAUUUCAAAUUUACUCAGUCAGUUCGCAUGUUGAUCAAUCAGUUUUAGGGAUUACCAAUUUUAUACAACUGCAAGAUGAUGUGGUCUUAAUAAUAAGCCACCUGAGAUUAAAGAAAUCAAUUGGAAAAGAGAUAAUUUUAAUACGUGCUUUUAAAUUGCUAUUUUACUCAUACAAAAAUGUUAUCAAAAAUGGAAUAAUUGUUUAUAAAAACAACUUUUGGUGUGUUGUGCCUUAGUUGAAAUGAAAUCUUACUAAAAGUUUAACUACAUACUGAUGGUCCGAUAAGUAAACCCCUUUGAAAUGAAAAACAUGUUUUUCCUGAAAAUUCUUUUAUUUUAUUCGAUAUCCUUUUAGCUCAAUAUAAGGAUUCCAAGGAUUUUCCAACUUUUUUAUGCCGUGCGAAUAAUACGAUUCUGGAAGCUCUGCGAAAUAGCUGUUUGUUUCUUCAAUUAUCUCUUCGUUCGAGCUGAAUUUUUUAUUUACGAGUCGUUUCUUCAGAUUUGGCAAAACAUAGUAUCAGAAGGGGCAAAAUCAGGUGAAUAAGCUAGAUGAGAAAGCAAUUCGAAGCCCAACUUAUGAAUUUUUCUAUUGUCGUAACACUUUGUAUAACAACACUUUUUUCUUCUUCAUAUGGGGCCGUUUGUCACUGAGUUCCUGCUUCAGUUUGUCCAAUAAUGCACAAUAAUAUUGGCUAUUGACCUUUUUCAAUACAGUCAAUUAAAAUUAGGCCUUGUACUGCAUUGAGUAGGCAACAUAAAAUCAGUGUUUCCGUACUUGUAACUAGUAACGUUUUAAAAAUAUCUUACACGUCCCUACUAGUCGUAGCGGUAUGACUUUCGAAAACAUCGAAUUUGAUCAUAAGCGGGUGCAUUAAAAGAUAUCUUACACUGAGUAUUUUAUUUCUGCACAUAAUACCUACAUAUUUAAAAUAAUCUCUCCCCUACUGCUCGGCCAUAACUCAUAUUCCUCAAUUUACUGCUCGGAUUACAAUCAUUUACAAUUACUGCAGGAUCGCAAUCAUUUACAAUUACUGCAGGUCAUAAUUCACAAUCCCUCCGCUACUGAUCGGUCAUAAAAAAAUAACACUAUCUGCAUAUUUCGUUUUUAAUUUUUAAACUUAAACAAAAAUUAUGUAAUAAACAAAAAUGUAAUAUGACAAGUUGAAUUUGAGGGUAUUGUCCUUUUCAUGAUCAUUUUUCAGUGCGUAACAAAUGAUAGGAAAAAAGGUAGGUCCGUGAUAAUACACAUUUAUGACAUUUAUUCUAACAUGACAUUUUAGAUAAAUCUGACAGUUGUCACAUUUUAUUUUCAAUUUGGAAUAAAACCAAAUCAAAUGUGUUUCUUGCAUUUAUAAAAUGGUAUUGUCUUUGAUUUGUAUAGUCUUAUAAAUUAUACAGAUUAUAUUUGUAAUAUUAUUAUCUAAUUAAAAAAAAAUAUUUUUUUAUUAUGGCGCCAUCUAUCGACAACUAGAAUAAUCACCGAACUAGAAUAAUUACUAAAGUAAUACUCGACGUGCCUUUUUUUCUGUCAUAUACAAUAUAAUGCGUUAGAAAGAAAUCGAAAAACUGUGACGCACUGAAAGAUGAUCAUGAGAAAAAGAGUAAUACGAUAUUUUUAACGAUCACGAUUUUAAGUCAGAUGAAUCAUUUUUCACCUUAUUUUUCUAAUAAUUUGAUUUUGUAAAAGCAUAACUUUGAUUAUUAAUUUCGUAUCGCCGCUUAUUUAGUCUACCAAAAGUUAUCAGAAUUUAACGACAAAUACAACGCAGUUUUCACUCGGGGUGUUGACUAUGCUAAUAUUUUUAUUUAGCAUAAUAAAUUGUACUUAGCUACAAUACCAUCCAUAUUCAUUUCAGAUACUUCCAUCUCGCAAACAAAAACACAUAAAAAUAAACAUCUGGCGGUGAGUCACGCCUCCCAAGAAAAUGUACGCCGAUGACAAACGUUCCCAAGCGAGACCUGCGAACUCAUGAACCACAAACCAUACAUACUCAUAGACGUUUCACGACCAUGUUAAUCUUUCGGAUCGAAUUAACGCCAUCUCUUGAUUGGAAUGGGAACUAAAUUGACAAAUUUCAGUUACGUGAGAAUUUCCAAUUAUAAAUUUUGCGGGAUUUUUGAUGAAAUUUCGCAGGAAAUUAAAACAACAGAAAGACAAUUCAAUGUUUUAUUCCAUAUUUUACUGAAAACUUCAAAUAUUCCAAUUUUUUUUCAAAAUGCUAAACACUGCUGCCAUGUGUCACGUGAAAGCACUGAUGUGUAAUAUCGAGUUGAAUGAAAAUUUUUGAAAGAAUCUUGUAGGGUGAUUGUUUAGAGUUUGGAUAAAUAUUACCUUAUAAUCUUUUACAAACUUCCAAAAAUAUAUAGGUCCGAAAUGUUGAUGACACACUUGUCUAUUGGAAUACACUGUUUCAGGAUCUAUUAUAUUGUUUUUUUUUAGUGUGGAGAAACACAACACGGGAUGAUCAAUGUAAACUAAAAAUUCUACUCAUAAAAACGGAGAGGAGGUUAAUACAAUUGAUUAAAAUUGUGAUUAAAUCUAAUUAAAAACGUAACACCACUAUAAUAAAAUCAUUAAGCCACAAACUGUAAAAUAAAAAGUAAAUAACAAAUUAAUUUAAUUGUCAACUGUCAGUUGUUAAAUAUGACAAGAGAAUUAACUGACAGCGACAUCUCUGGAUUGGAAUGGUAACUAAUUUGCUGUCUUGACCUUGACAAUUUACGUGAAACGUCUAUGAGUAUGUAUGGUUUGUGUCAUGAACUGAUAGUAGGAUGCGCAAUACUGUCUACGCAGUUCGCCGACGCAGGUUGUGUCUCGCUUAGGUUCAAUUUGCGCCGGGCCUAAGGCCUGGAAUAGAGUUUCUAUAGUCUAGCCUAGCCGCUUAAAAGAUGUAAUGAUCCCGUGAACGGCACGCCCUCUUAAACGUUCCUCGCCCGAUGUCACCACUUUUCCCACGUUUACACCGCUCAACAAAUCCGAAUUUUAAGCACUGCUUAACAAAAUUCACCAGCGCAAGUGCAAGGCACAAAUAAUGACGAUGUAAAUAGUUCUUAGAUCUUAGAAGGUCUGGGGCUUCGAAGAUCUGUCAAUGCUUGCAUUGAGAGAUCACGCCACCUUUGAUUCCAUCUUUUAAACGGCUCUAGUAUAGAAGUAAUGUUUUUUGUAAGAUCGCAGUCCCAAUAGGCAAAGGAGAUUACAUAUCAGACCAUCAGAUAUAUUAUCUUUAUUCCAUCUUUGUAGACACAAUUUAAUAUUUAUGAGUUCAGCUCUUUAACUCCGAAAGACAACGUAGUUACUUCUAUUUUAGUUAAUAAUUUUUAGGAUUUUUUUAUUAAAUAUAAAAUUUUAUUGAAUACAUUUUUUUGAUUAUUGUCCGUACUUCUACUUUUUAUUAACUUUGUAUUGCAUUUAAAAUUAACAAUUCUUUUCAAACUGAUUAUUUUUAGCACAGUGGCUUUAACAAACUUGUCUAAUCUCUUUCGAGAACAACUCUUAAACAACAAAAGUAUUUGUACAUUGAAAUUCCAGAUGAGCAUUCCAGUAUUCGAAGCUAUCACAUCUUUUGGAGAUAUUUACACAUUUGUACAUUAUUUUUUCUACUUUUUACAUGUUUGCAAACCUUUUUUACUCCAAUAUAUUAUUACCAACGAUAACGAAGGUGGGUAGGAGUAAAUAAUGUUUGAUAUUGAUGGUAUGUUAAACGCAGAACUUUCUUCAUUUUACGACACCUGUUCAAAAUUUGCAGUAUUGUCAUUUAUUGCGAUAGGGCUGAAUAUCCUAGAAAGUUUGUACAUAGUUCUGGCAAGAGUGCAUGCCAGGUAAUGCUUUGAACACACUGUUGAUUUAUAGACCUUUCUUCAUUUUAUGUCACCUGUUCAAAAUUUGCGGUGUUGUCUGUUGUUGCGAUAGGGUUGAAUAUCCUAGAAAGUUUAUAUGUCUAGCAAGAGUCACGGCAGGUAAUGCUUUGUACACACUGUUGAUUUAUAAAUUAAUGGUCGAAUAUUUUAUCUGUAUUUUAACUAGUUUUAAUUGCCAUAUACUGACCACUGCCAUAUAUUAUUCAUGAAUUUGGGCCAUAUACACAUAAUAAUAAUCUAUUUUAGCUUAUUUUCUAGUUUUUUUUUAUAUUAAAUCGUUAUGAAGCUUUAGGGUAAGAACAGAACAAGUGGAUCGCGGUGGAGGUGGAGGUCGCGGUCGAUGUCGAUAUCCAUGUAAAACAAACACAUUGUAGUGAAUGGACGAGAACAGAGCAGGUAAGUCGCGGUGGAGGUUUAGCGCGAUGCCAUCCAGGAGGUUUACAUCGAUGCUUUUGAAAAUAAAAUGAGUUUGUUUUACAUGAAUGUCUACUACUCGGCCUACAAGGAUGCUUCCCUGUGACUGGUCCGUUCGAAGCCAAGUUGUCAUUACCUGCGCUAUCUGAGUUGAUACUUUUUAUAUAAUCCCUUUUUUGUAUUCAGUUUAUUUUUGAAUUUUUAAAGUAAUUAAAUACAGUAUAUUUUUUUAAAUAUUAAGGAGGAUCUGAUUAUUUACAGCUGACAUUUCAUCACUAUCAUCACUUCAAUGACACAACAUCGCAAAAGCACAGUCUUUUUGUCAUUCAAAUUUCAUUAAACUACUUCACUUGAUAGUGGUUCUAGCUCGACUGACAGCGCAGGUGACCUCCUUGCUAUGUGCUGUCGACAUCGACCGCGACUUAACUAGUAGCAUCCACCGCGACCUACACCUCCACCUCCACCUCGACCCACUUGUUUUGUUCUGACCCUAAGUUAUCUAUCUGGAUCUUAAUUAUAAAUAAAACGCAAAGUCUUUUAUCUCAGUUAUAUCCAGUUUUAUAUGAGCCCUAAUGUAACUCUUUAAACACAUAUAAUACAUUAUUGUUAUAUUAAAUUUACAAUCAAGAUGCAGUAGAAAUAAACAAACCAAGACAAGUUAAAUGCUACUAAUAGCACUCCCGAAUCAUAAUUUACAAUGUAUGUAAGAUUCUUUAAAGACAAUCGUAAUAAAAGUCCGUGUGAUGUUUAACAGUUUUAAUUAAUCAAAUAGAUAACUUAAUUAUUGAUACUAUUAAAUUGACGAAAUGUAAAAGUGUUUGUGUAAUUGCGACUAAAUGUUCUUGUUCUUACAAAAAGAAAUGUAUUUGCGUCUUGUAUGUCUUUUUACGUCUUAUCCCCUAGAACACGACUGUCGCUGUUCUCAUCUUAAAAUCGACUGACUAUACCACCCCCACGCUAAAACAAAUUCUCUUAAAUACAUCUAAUCUCAUUUUUCCGUUUUCCCAUGAGAACCAAACUAUUAAAAUUAGUUCAAAGUUGCGAAUGUUAUCCUUACUUAAUUAGGCCUUAAAGAUUCAACGUUAGCAGUAUUUCGGUCCGGCUACCGUAGUAAUCCCAAUUCGUUCCACCCAUCUGUGCCAACGUAGGUCCAUAUGUGUGAGACUCUUAUCCCGUUCUCGUACUAAUAAUUAAGAAAAAUGAUAUACAGGGGAAUUUAAAAUAUAAGGUAAACUAUUUACAAUUCUACAUGUAUAUACAUUGUAAAUCCCAAAUCAUUAUUUCCAAACUUUACACAUUGUAAAUUAUGAUUCGGUAGUGCUCCUAGUAGCAUAUAACGUGUCUUGGUUUAUUUAUUUCUACUGCAUCUUUUGAUUUAAAUUUAGUAUAGAUAUGUACUACUUCUUGGUUUACUCUCGUAUUUCUUAACAUCGUUCAUAUACUUUUUCAUAUAAAUCUCUCCACUUUCUUUUUUAACAUCUAACAUUCUUUUUUUACGUUUGUGUCCUAUGGUCAUGUGCAUGGUGGUCAGAAAAAUUAGUAAAAACGACAGUGUAUGGUUUCAAAGAACUUUUAUUUUUCAACAUAAUCUCUUAUAUCGAGACCUUUCAUUCUGAGUGUUUCAAUGUCGUUGUGCCUUUGUGUAACAUUGCUCCGAAAGUGCAGCAAAGUACUCACCUACAACAGCAAUGACUUCUUGAGUGGAGAAGCGCUAACCAGCGAGGUAGAUUUUCAAUUUUAAGAAUAGGUCAAAGUCCGAGGGUGCCAAAUCUGUGAUGUAGGGUGGAUGUUUCAGAACUUCACAUUGCAGUUCCUUCAAUUUCCCUAACGCCAAAAUACUUUCGUAAGAAGGUGCGUUAUGCUGAUAAAAAAUAUUUUUUUUAGGUCUGUUUUCACAAAUACUUGCGUCCAGUUUCAUUAGACGUUUAGAAUAGUAUUUACUAGUUAUUUUUUUACCUUUUUCAAAUUGUUCAUUCAACAAAAUUUUCUUCCACCUCUAGAAACACUGACGCUAUGACUUCUCUCGUUGAUGGCACUUAGAUGGUUGUCUUUGGUGAUGAAGAACUGGUUUUUAUUAUUAGAGUACAUAUUAGCAAAUUCGCGUAGUUUAUAUGCCGACCUUCCAAAAUCAUGUCAUGUACAUUAAUGUGGAUGGUUUCCGGUAUGACUUCUUUUACAAAGACUAUUAUCAGUGCACGAUAAUUUGAUUUUUUCCAUUUUUAACCUCCCAUAAACGAUUGUUUACUCUCAACUGCUGCAUGUGUGUUAUUUUAAUAAGCUGAUAUUAUUUUCCAAUAAUUAUUAUAAAAAUGAGCUUUUCAAUUUUCUUUUAAAAUAAUUUUACCCACACCAACGUUCUUUUUUCUGUAACUUAACGAACUGUUAGUCCGAUUGUUUUAUUGUUUAAUUCUCAUUUAACAUACUUGGAACUAUUUAUGAAUACUUCCUGACAAAAUGUAAGAAUAUGUUAAGUCAUAUUCAAGAAAAUGAUCGGCCAGUCGUCGUUUUAUUCAAAAUCAACAGGUAACUGUGUCUUUGAAAACUGCUCUUUUUUGAGGUAAAUUUGUUAAUUAUUUUAUAGCAUAUUCGUUGAUUUUGAAAUGUAUAACGAAAAAAGUUCUGCGUUUACUCUAAUGUAUUUAUUAAGGGAAUCAAAUUUAAUGAAAAAAAAGGUAGAAUGGUUAUAUAAUAUAAAUAUUAUUUUUCGUAUUAAGAGUAGGUUGAAAUAUUUGCCAAUUUUGGGAACCUAAAUAUUUUGUCUCGUUUGUUGUCUUCGUAGUAAAAAUAUUUGUUUAUGUAUGUAUCGUUUAAAAAAUAUGUAUGUGUGAAAAAUGUUUUCCCAAUUUUUAUUUAUUUUUUAAUGAAAUAUUAAAAGUAUAAAUGCUGUUUUGAUCAAUAAAAUAUUGCCGGAUUAGCUAAUUUUACCAGCUAGAAGCUAAACAUUUCAUCAUUGUAUCUACAGUACACCUUAAAAGGCUUUCCAUCCAGCUGUUUUUAAUCCAUAAAACUUAAUUUAAUAAAUCAAACCUGUCUAUAGUUCUUUGAUGUUUUACAUCGUCAAAGAUGGCGAACUGGUGGGACUUUGUAAUAUAAUUUUGUUUCGGUCGGACCAAUUCAAAAUAGCGGCCGUUCAAUGGCAACAGUGUAAAAAGAAAGUAUGGACUACCCCUAAUAUAUAUAACUGGAGGCUAUAAUUGGUAUCCUCCAGUUUUUAUGAACACGCUCAAAAAGAACAAUUUAUUUUUUAAGUUUCUCAUACUGUUUCAAGAUUUUUCCUACAAGUCAAUAUAUGACGUGACACAUCAUUAUUUGUCACCAUUUAUAACGUCAUCAUUUUACAAGCCCUUGUCACUCAACAUUCAGAUUUUUGUGAUGUUCUGUCAGGGCGUUUUAAAAUGGCGACCGUUGAGUUGUGAAAAUUAUCUGAAAUUUACUUCAUUUAAGACUUAACUCUUUCUUCUUUCUAGGAAUAUGCUUAUGGCAUACGUUUUCAAAUUAUGUAUCCUAUUCCAUACAUUGUUAUUUAAGAGUACACGUGAUAUUUUUGAUGUAAUCUACAUUAACCAAAAGUGAAUUAAUAAACUUAAAUAUAAAACCCAUAACUAAAUUAAAAUUCAUGGUGACGUUUCAAUUAUUACUUUAAUCAUCGUCAGAAUAAUUAGUUUCUUGAGCGGAUGCUUUAAAGAUACUUUAAAAAAAAUUUUAAAGCAUCCGCUCAAGAAACUAAUUAUUCUGACGAUGAUUAAAGUAAUAAUUGAAACGUCACCAUGAAUUUUUAAAAAGUGAAUUAUAAUAAAUCGUAAGAAAUUGGAAAAACAGUGUAGAAAGAAAGUAUGGACUAACCCUAAAUAAUUGGUAAUAUCAAGUUUUUAUGAACACGAUCGAAAAGAAUAAUUUAUUUUUCUAAGUUGUCUCAUACUGUGAUAGGAUUCAUUUAUUUAUUGACGUCUGUCAAAGAUAUGACGUCAUUAAAAUUUUUCAAAUUUGGUGACAAAUGACGUGACACAUCAUUUGUCACCAUUUGUGACGUCAUCAUUUUGCAAGCUCUUGUCACUCAGUAUUCAGAAUUUUGUGAGAUUCUAUCAAGGCGUUUCAAAAUUAAAACCGUUGAGUUGUGAAAAUUAUCUUAAAUUUACUUCAUUUAAAGACUAACUCUUUCUUCUUUCUAGGAACAUGCUGCUGUGCUGCUGAAUGGCAUAAGUUUUCAAAUUAUGUAUCCUAUCCUAUGCCAUACAUUGUUAUUUUUAAGAGUACACAUGAUAUUUUUGAUAUAAUCUAAUUAAACCAAAAAUGAGUUAUAAGUAAACGUAGGAAAUUGGAAAAAUGAAUUGACCACUCGAGCAUUUUUCAUGAAAGUUAUUAGCAGAAAAACAACAAGGUUUUAGGUCAGGAAGAUUAUGCACCCACGCUAUAUUUAUAAUGAGACAAGUUCAAGAGAAUUAAACACUAUCAAAUUAUCAGGGGUAGUCCAUAUUUUUUUCGACACUGCCACCAUUGAGAAAUAAGUGCACUGACCAUUGUGAGUUACAGAAUAGCUCUAAUUAAGUCACAAAUGAAGUGAUUAUUUGUCAUAUAUGAGCCCACUUACAACAGGUUUACAACACUAUGCGAUGUUGCAUUAUCUUUAUGAGAAGAAAGUAGUCUCAAACAAAUAGUACAAAAUAUAUCACGUGUUUUUCGAGGUAAUCUCUUGUGUAUCUGUCAGCAGAAUGUCUCUUCCAAACCUUAGUGUAUUAUGAGCUUUCAAUAAAAUUUUCUCCCAUAAAGUGUACCCUUACCACAAAAUGACUAAUAGAAAUGCAGUUCUGGUUAUAUCGCUUUCAAGAACGUUUAGACUUAUAUUUACGACAAAUGUAUGAAUAGAUAUGUAUCUCAAAACAGGCUCAUCAGUAAAGAGAUAGAUAGAUAGAUAGAUUUAAAGAGGUGGCCUUUUGGCUUAUUCCACUGCGACCUUUUCAGAUCUAUUGUAGUCUUCUAGUCCUAGAUUACAUUCUCUAGCCUGACCCUUUUUAAAAGGUCUUAUAGCCUAGAGACUGAACCUUCCAUGUAGAUAUUUACCGGUGGAUUUUCUUCUCCUAAUGCGAAGAAUCGCACAUUUACUAGACUGUCACACUGACAUAGAAUGUGCUCUGUUGUUUCUUCUUCCAGGUGACAGGAUCUGCACAGGUUAUCAUCUGACAAUCCCAUCAUCUUCAAGUGCCUAUUAACCCAUUUGAUCCCACGACAUUUUUUUUGGAUAAUAUAACAUUUUUUUGAAUCCCCUUGUUGAACCUGGGUUAAAAAGCAAAAAUUUAUUGUUAUUUGACAUAAAAAAUUGAAUUUUUGGCAAAAAUUAGGUGUACGCAUACGAGUACAAUGGGCUGAUCGGGAGUCAAAAUAUAAAACAUUGUGUUAACAUGAAAAUGCUUUAUUUUCUUACAACAUAGGUAGGUAUUACAUACUUGGGUAUAUCCUGUAUUAUAAUCUAACUAGCAUGAAAUUGUACAAAACAAUCAUGUUUCAAACAAAAAGUAACUUCACACUUUAUAAAAGUCCAACAUACUGUUUGGUGGCAUAAGCGACAUCAAAGUUGUUUGUCUAUUUUCUUUGGAAAAUGACCACUUUCAUCCAUUUUUAGACUAAUUGGUACAAAUCCUGCUAGUCGUUUUUUAGAAUAAGUAGAUUUUUUAAUGUAGAUAUUUUUUAAUUUCUUGGAAAAGGUUCCUUGAAAUUGCAUUAGUCACCAAUAAUUGCGCUCUCGUGCAUAUAUGGUAUCCAAUAAAAAGUAAAAUAGCCUGAAAUAUCUUUAGCUCUUCCUGCGUUACAUGAAGUGAUGAUUAUUAUUUUGAGGGACAUAUACUUGUAUGUUCUGUAAUAAACAAGCACCACACUCUCGCGAAGUUACUUUGGGAAAGUUGACCGAAGGCCGAAGUAUCCGUUACUACACACACGUUCAACUUUUCGAGGAACACAUGCAAGCGGGGCUAUACCGACUUCGUUUCUUUGACUUGGUCACAAAAACCGCCAUAGAAUGGAAGUACACUCUCGUACUCGCCGAACUUCGAUCGACUUCGCGAGUAGUAUAGUGAGCGUUAUAUAAGUAUUCAAUAAUUUCAUUGUCGAAAAAUUUAGCGAACUGAUUCGAUACAAGAUUUACCUCGGAAUUACUCUUUCAUAUCAUCCAGACGACCUUUGUAACCUGUUGUAGAUGUCAUACCAAUAUAAGUAAUUUCUUCCGUCCGCUCAGAUUCUUUUGUUUUCUUUUGACCCUUCCGUAAAUUUUCUCUUCUAAUGGCAAGAGGAAGAUUGUCUUCUUCGUCGUUGUCAUAGUCAACACUCUUGUAAUGAACUUAUAUUUCUCCGGGAACAUCAUUCGGAAAGCUUUGGGUCUGAAGAUCAUCCUCAUCUUUGUCCUCAUUUUCAGUUCGAUUGUCAACCUUAGGAGGAAUAACUACCACCGAUACAUCUUAUGAGUGGAAAUCGCUAUGUCAUCAUGAAGCUAAAGCGAGUGUUUUAUAACGUUUUCCAUAAAAUCCAAUGGGACUCAUACGCGGCAAUUCUUGAAAAUCAAUUCCAAUAAAAAUAUUGAACAUGAAAAAAUAAAAAACCAAAUAAACAUAUUUGAUCUCAUACAAACCCACUGUACUCAAAUGAGUACAUGUCUAUUUUGUAAUAUAAAAACAACAAUAAUAAAAAAAUUCUUAUCCGUAUAAAUAAACACUACCAGUACUUACCCUUCCAACAAUAAAAGGUAAAAAUAUGAUAAAUAAUACCAAAAUCCAAAAUAGCAAACACUUCAAUGAUUCAACAGAAAUAUGGAGGUUAGCUUCUAAUUACUGCGUCACAGGUUAGAAAGGGGAGCGUCACCGAGGAUAUAAUUUGUGAAAAUCUAUUAGAACAGUGCCUAAUAGAAUAGGAUAUGUACAUGGAGUACCACUCUUUUGCAAGAUGUGUCACUACUAGGACAUUUUUGCUGCUGUACUCGGACGAGUACAGUGGGACCAAAUGGGUUAAGCUUUACAGUGCCUUGUUAGUAGACCUAGUAUGGUUUUCACUGUUUUCCUCUCUUUGCUUAUUAGGUCUGCGUAAAUUUUAGCAAUUGUUCUGUAAUGACUGUUUCGCCUGUCUUUGCCCUGGUGAAUUCCUCCACUAUUCCAAAAAUUUGUGAGCUAUCCACUUUCUUGUGGCCGUUCUUGUUACUGCCUUAGCAACGUCGCAGAAGGGUUCCGGUCCAACGACUGCCAUUGAUGAGCCUUGUUUAGUCAUUUUAUCUGCUUUUUCCAAUUUAAACAUGUUUGCGGGAUUUAAAAACAUGAUGAAAUCUGGAUCUGCAUAUUGUUGAUACCAAUUUUUUAUUUUCUGAUUAUGGAAACCAUGGUUUUGAGCUAGUUUUGAAAUUUUUUGUAAUAUAGUCCUUUAUUACUAGAUUUUAACGCCUCGUACCAUUCAUACUAUUAUUGUUUCGCAGUAUUAAUGUUCGAUCAUUAGGUGUGUUUUGUUAUUUGGUGGAUGGUUUACUUACUUUUACUUUACUCCUCUUGAUUCCAUUUGGAACAUAGGGCCUCUACAGUCCUCCUCCAUUCAUCUCUGUUUCUGGCCAGAGCUUUCACUUCUUUCCAUGUUAACCCAUUGUCUUCUAGCUCUCUGGUAAUAUUUCUUUUCCAGUAUGUCAUUGGUCUGCCUUGUUUUCUUUUUCCAAUUGGUUGGUAAUCCAGGGCUUGUUUGGUUAUAUCAUCUUCAUUUGUCCUUAAUGUGUGUCCAAUAAACUUCCAUUUGCGUCUAUUUAUCAUUUUGGCUAUCGGCUCUUGAUUAGUUUUUUUUUAAAGUUCCUUGUUACUUCUCCGAUUUGGGCAAUAUAUUUGCAAUAUUCGUCUAAGGCAUCUAUUUACACAUGUUUGAACCUUUUGUAUAAUCUUUUUCUCUAUUUUCCAAGUUUCUGCUGCAUAUAGCACAAUGCUCUUUACAUUUGUAUUAAAUAUCCUGAUUUUGGUUUUGGUUGUUAAUUUAUUGGACUCCCAUGUUUUCUUCAGCAUAUAUAACGCAUUUUGGGCUUUAGUUAUCCUUCCAUUAAUUUCCUCUUCUAUUCCACCGCUAGCGUCAAUCAUGCUUCCCAGGUAUCAAAACUUCUGUACAUUUUCUACUUCUUCUCCUUCAAUGAAUAUACCCAUUUCUCUUUCCGUAUUUAUCUUCAUAAGUUUGGUUUUUCUUGUGUUAAUCUCUAAUCCUAUUUUUCUUGCUUCUUUUGUCACCUUUUCUGUUUUUUUUUCUGCAUAUGUUGUCUUUUUCGGACACCAGACAUAUAUCAUCCGCAAAGUCUAGAUCUUCAAGCUGACCGAAAGCAUUCCAUCUAAUUCCUGUUUUAUUUUUCGUUGCCUUCUUCAUGACCCAGUCGAUUAAGAUCAAAAAUAUGGUUGGAGAUAGAAUACACCCCUGUCUGACUUCAUUGUCUAUGUUGAUUGGUUCUGUGAGUUUCCCAUUGUGCAUGAUUUGUGCGGUAUCGAUCGAUAUGAUAUGAACAGUAAUAGUGCGACAUUUAAAACUUUUUUGGAUUAGGUAAUAUUUUAUGUAUUUUUUUCAUGAUUUGUCUAAUAUAAUACCGAAAUAUUUGACUGCGAGAAUGAUACAAUGUGAAUAACCGCAAAACCCAUAGAGAAAAUAUUGGUACAUCAAAAUAUACAAUUAAGAUUGACAGCAUGUGUAGAUCAAAUUUAAGAAAGAAAUACAAAAGCUUGGACGCAUAGAUUCAUGAUACAGGAUAUAAGCAUGACCGUGGCUUUCAAAAAACACCACAAAACCAAGGGAAUAAUGCAGGUAUUGACAGGGUUUGAAUUCAUUGCAUAAUUUUACAUGUUCAUUAUUAUAAACAUCUGUAUAGUUGUUUCUUACAUCAAUAUAAUUUUCAUUGUAUAAUUUAAAAUGAAAUGAAUUAAAAAUUAAGCUAGUUUCCCUUUGCAGAUUGCCAGAUGUUGGGUUUCUGAUUGCAUGAGUUAACCUUAUUAACCAGAAUCCCAAUAAUGAAAUUAUUUUGUUUGUAUUACUUGGUUUCCCAGAUUCCUAUUUAUAUACAUUACUCCCUUCUUAAUUUUGAUUCCCUCCGUAGAUGUUAAGGAAUAUUGCGAACUGCUUUAAUAUUUUAAUAAGUACUUUUAUCUAGUAUAUAAGGUAUUAGAAAUUAAGUGAAUAAUUGUACUGAUCACUAAAUUUAUUCCUACUGUAUAUUUUUUGUUUUACCCUUAGUUUACAUGUUUAAGUUUUUUUAUUUAUAAUCUGUGAUUUUGAGAAUUUGUGAGGACCAACAAUGUUUUGUGUUUUCCACGUUGCUUCUGUUUAAUGUAGCUUUUUGCUUAUCUUUGAUUUAAUUAUACAAUAUAUACAAAGCAUGUACAUGUUUCAUUUUCCGAAAUUCCAGUACACUGUGAAAUUAAACCAUAGUGUUUAUGUGAUACAAAUUCCUACUGUAUAUUACCAGAGAACAGCAGUUCUCGCCAGUGGCGCACACCUACACCCCCUACACGCGACACUAUAUAUACACGAAAUUGAAAAUUGGGCCAACUCCCAUCUUAAAGUUCAGGAAAAGACUCACCCAUUCAUAUGGCAACCAUCCAUUUUGGUCCAAGGGUGUGGAUUUUACGGCCCUUCCUAUUUAGGCUCUGUUUUUCGUUUUCGUCCCCAAAACUACCAACAACUUCGAAAAUUUAACUCUGACCUUUGCGGCUUCUAAUAGAAGCUAUCAUUAUCUUUCCAACGCAUGUCUAAUUUUAAAAAUCAGUUAUACCGCUCAAAAGUUACCGAGCUCAGAAAUAUGAGUCAAUUUUUAUUUACAAAAGUGAAAAUGUAUGUGGAUAUGUAUGUAUGUAUUUUUACUACAAAAACGUUAUUACGUAGGUCAAAAUUUUUGACGUAAGAGAUCUGUCAAAACAUUAGAAUGUGACUUUUCAUUAUUGCUAUGUUUAUUAUAAACACGGCAAUAAUGAAAAGUCACAUUCUAAUGUUUUGACAGUUCUCUUACGUCAAAAAUUUUGACCUACGUAAUAACGUUUUUGUAGUAAAAAUUCUAUAUGUAUGUGUGUGGAAAAGUUAAACCGAUCUGAAUUUUUUUCUGUGUUUGAAGAGGGGGUGAGGGCCGAUUCAGAACCGGUGUAGUUUGUAAGUUUUGACUACCCAUAAGCCAGCUAUAGGACUUGGUAGGUACAAAACGGCCUAUUUUUUGGCGGUAUAUAUCUUCGGUUCAAGAAGAGACAGGAGAACAGUAAAUACACCAAAUCAAUAGCGUUGAGUUAAGCUUUCAAAUGGUGUCUAAGCUGUUAGGAUUAGACAUACACAAGGCUCAGUAUAGCCGAAAAACUGAAAAACUAAACUUUGAAAAUUUUGGUUUUUCGACAAUUACUCAAAAUUUCAACCUACGAAUUACGCCAAUAACUGAGCAUUUGUAGAUGGACUCUAGACGAAUCUAACGGUUAUACCUUAUAUCCGGGAAAAUUCGAAUUUUUAAGUUAUAGGCUUCAUAAGUAUGAUAAAAUCUAUUUCUUAUGGGACAAACGGUUUUUCAAGCUCAAUAAUUUAUGUAUAAUAGCUUUAGUUAUCAUACUUGACCGUAGAUGCAUAAGAUACUACUUGUCAAUACGUUUCAAACUCAUGUUUAGUGAACAAAGUCGGUUAAGCCGUUUAGAAGUUAUUAAGCUACAAAAGUAUAAUCUAAUUAACGAUUAUUCCCUAAAUGGUUUAUGUAGUGGUUACGACGCUAAUUUGAUCUGGCAACGGGCAAUCCGAGUUCAUUUACCGGCCAUCCCAAUAUUUUUUUCAAUCUAUUUCGAAUAGAAAAAAAUCUAGUGUACAUUCGAUGGACACUAGAUCAUUUGGGAGAUAAUGCGACAAAGGCGACCAUUUAUAAAGCUUAACGUGUAAUCGAGAAACAUUGCAUUCAACUUUAUACAUUUAGUUUAUAAAUAACUUUGAAAAACUCCUGAUAAAAGAAUAAAAAACCGCUAAACGCCGUAAAAAUGAGUGGCGCAUACAAUAUUCCAGCUACAAAAGAUCUGAUAUGAAUAUUACGUGUCGCGAAAAUGUAUUUUCAUUUUGAUGCAAAACAAAAUUCUAGUUUUAUUUUAAAAGAUUUUUUCAUAAUAUUUGUUAAAUUUGAAGUAAACAAGAGUUUCAAAAUUCAAACUGUAUCAAAGUUACUCUUUUGUGGCGCGUUUUACUUCAAAUUGGGCAAAUAUUAUGAAAAAAUAUUUUAAAAUAAAACUAGAAUUUUAUAAUAAAUCGGCACCCGAUUUGGGCGUCGAAACGUUAAUAAAAUUAUUUUUUUCAUUUUAAUUGUGGCUUAUUUCCCAUAUAAAUAAUUAAUUAACUAGAAUUUUGUUUUGCAUCAAAAUGAAAAUACAUUUUCGCGCCACGUAAUAUUCAUAUCAGAUCUUUUGUAUCUGGAAUAUUGUAUGCGCCACUCAUUUUUACGGCGUUUAGCGGUUUUUUAUUCUUGUUUUUUGUUUUACCCUUAGUUUACAUUUUAUUUAUAAUCUGUGAUUUUGAGAAUUUGUGAGGACCAACAAUGUUUUGUGUUUUCCACGUUGCUUCUGUUUAAUGUAGCUUUUUGCUUAUCUUUGAUUUAAUUAUACAAUAUAUACAAAGCA